UAAAAACAGUUUCUACUUCAGACACUCGUUAGGCAAUGUGCAAAUUCACCAACCGUCUCUUUGUCUUCACGCUGCUGGCCGUGGGAACGCUGAUGGCGCCGGUGGAUGCAGCAGCCAUGCGAGCCCAGCACAGAAGCGCUGCAGAUCCGAAAUUUUUGGACCUUCUCUCGCUGAACGAGGACAACAACAACUACGAUCUGCAUUACGAUCAGCGACAGAAGGGCGAAGAGAAUUUGCAUGUGCGCAUGAAUGGGUUCUUUAUCGAAAUGCCCGAUGACGGCGAUAAAGAUGCGAGCGACGAGUUGAAGGAACUACUAUACUAUGCCAUACUCUUUGGUGGGAGCGAAGAAAUGUUUAAGCACUUGAUCGAAAACAAAAUAAGCACCACUCCAACACCCACCAGCUUGACCUUAAGUGAGUUUGGGCUUUUGAAUGAGAACAAAUUGGACGCGGAACGGCAUGCCAUUGGUCAGCAGGGUGAGGACCCGGAAGCAGCAACCAAACAUAAGGUAGAAGGCAGAAAUGCGAACCCACUUCAGGAUAGCGGCUUGGUGGCCGUAAAUCGGGAGCCAGAGACGAAGCGCGUGGGAUUGAUGUGAGUAAUGUUGAGAAAUGAGUCGAACAAGGAAUUGAAUACUACUUGAUUCUAUUCGCUAUAACUUGUCCUGAUUAUUUUUUGUAGCACAAAACAGCAUUUCAACACUUUGCUGAGUUUGCUGAAACGAAUGCGCCGCAACUGAUCCUUGGCAACUGCUUCACAUCUUCACAUGAGAGUUAGUAUAUAAGAAAACAUGCACUGAAGUUUUUAUUAUUCAUAUCGGAUAUAUUUAUAAUACAAAAAGAUAAUGUAGCUAUAAGCGAAUGUAAAA